CAACAGCAAACUGAGCUGGGACCCGUUUCGCCCUCGGAGGUGCCCAAUGAUCCUGGCAAAAUGUUCAUUGGCGGCCUCAGCUGGCAGACCAGUCCAGAGAGCUUACGCGAUUACUUUGGCCGCUACGGCGACAUCUCCGAGGCAAUGGUCAUGAAGGAUCCCACGACGCGCAGAUCCAGAGGUUUUGGCUUCGUCACAUUCAGCGAUCCAAAUAGCGUAGAUAAGGUACUUACCCAAGGCACACACGAGCUGGAUGGCAAAAAGGUGGACCCGAAAGUAGCUUUUCCGCGACGUGCACAUCCCAAGAUGGUGACGAGAACGAAGAAAAUCUUUGUGGGCGGCCUCUCGGCGCCCACCACGCUGGAGGAUGUCAAAAGCUACUUUGAACAGUUUGGUCCGAUCGAGGACGCCAUGUUAAUGUUUGACAAGCAAACCAAUCGGCACAGAGGUUUUGGCUUCGUUACAUUUCAAAGCGAAGAUGUGGUAGACAAAGUUUGUGAAAUUCAUUUCCAUGAGAUAAACAACAAAAUGGUGGAGUGCAAGAAGGCGCAGCCGAAAGAAGUAAUGUUGCCGGCAAAUCUGGCCAAGACCCGAGCCGCAGGUCGCUCCGCUUACGAUAACAUCAUGUGGGGUCUGGGGACAUUACCUGAAGGCUUUCAGGCAGCUGCGUAUGCUGCUUAUGCCUCUGGUCGCGGUUACUCCGGCUAUCCUAGCUUUGGACUACCCUAUCCAACUGGCUUGACUAUUUGUGGCAUCGGUAGAAGUUAUGGUACCACAACGUGUAGCACGAAUGCCGGCCGCAGCAGAGCCGCCACCGGCCCCGCUGGUGGUGGUGUUGCUGGUGCUGCUGCUGCAGCGGCUGUCCACAAUCAGACCCAGUCGGGAUAUCAACACCAUCAGGCGCUGACUCUGCCGCUGGCAACGGCGCUAACAGCGCGCACCGCGGCAAUCAAAUCGCAGUUUUUGGGCAACAUAAAUUUCUAAAAAAAAAAAAAAAAAAAACGAGAGCAAAAUCCAAACGAGAAACUAAAUAAAAAAGCUUACAUCCCCCAUAAAAGCCGAAAGCCUGAAAGUCUGAGAGAGCGGGAAACACGAUAAAACUAAAAACAAGCAAGCAUAAAUAUAUGAGAGGCCUGCGACAUUGUAUUUAAUAUUUCAUUGCCAUUUUGUCUCUUUUUUCGACAAUACGCAAUCCAAAAUAUAUCAUUUGUACUGUGACAAGUAGGUACAACAACAACAAACAGCAACAACAACACCAUUAACAACAGCAACCACAACAAACAUAAAUAAAAAAAAUUUAGAUUAGAUUGUUUCUACGGUGAAUGGUAACAACAAAAAUCACAAUAAAACAAAUACUC